GCACGGCCCGAGGCAAUCCAAUGGUAAGAGGCUCCUGGAGGAAGGGGGCGGUACCCCGGGAAAAGAUUGACCAAUGAAAGUCAUUAACGCCAGACACCGGGACAGCGCCGGGGCAGAGGGGACGAUGGAGAAUUUCACGGCGCUGUUCGGGGCUCAGGCUGACCCACCGCCGCCCCCAACCGCACUCGGCUUCGGAGCUGGAAAACCUCCACCCCCACCGCCUCCUCCUCCGGGUGGAGGGCCCGGCCCCGCCCCGCCCCCAACCGCGGCCUCGGCCCCUUCCGGCGCUGACAAGUCAGCGGCAGGUUGUGGCCCCUUCUACCUAAUGCGGGAACUGCCAGGCAGCACAGAGCUGACAGGCAGCACUAAUCUGAUCACACACUACAACUUGGAACAUGCCUAUAAUAAAUUCUGUGGGAAGAAAGUGAAGGAGAAGCUAAGUAACUUCCUGCCUGACCUGCCAGGGAUGAUUGAUCUGCCUGGUUCCCAUGACAACAGCAGCCUCCGCUCCCUCAUUGAGAAGCCCCCUAUUCUUGGUGGCUCUUUUAAUCCUAUCACAGGGACCAUGCUGGCUGGCUUCCGCCUCCACACAGGCCCGUUGCCAGAGCAGUGUCGUCUGAUGCAUAUUCAGCCUCCCAAGAAGAAGAAUAAGCAGAAGCACAAACAGAGCCGUACCCAGGAUCCGGUCCCCCCAGAAACACCAUCUGAUUCAGAUCACAAGAAGAAGAAAAAGAAAAAAGAAGAGGAUCCUGAACGGAAACGGAAGAAGAAAGAGAAGAAGAAAAAGAAGAACCGGCACAGCCCCGACCACCCAGGCGUGGGCAGCUCUCAGGCCAGCAGCAGCAGCAGCCUCCGCUAGCAGGACCAGGGGACUCUGCCAGGAGGACCUUCCUGCUGUACUGAACCCGCUGACAAAGCUGCCUUGCAGGCUCUUGGCCACCGCCUUGGGAGCAUCCCCUGCCGCUGGGACAGAAGCCAGCUCCUGCUGUGCUCAGUUAAGAUGAACACACUGUAAGAGAAGGGCUCUGCUUUUGUAAGCCUCAGCCCAGUUUGCUUUCUCAUGGACAUCUCUUCCUCUCCCAGGAAGCUUUCUUUUCAUCUCUUUUGUGCCAUUUGUCUGAUUUAGGACUUUAUCUGAUUUUUUAGGAUUUUUAUUUUCUUAAAAUUGCAUUUAUCAAACUGGCUGAAGUGUGGCUGCCUGUUAAGAGGUAAGUGCCUUUCUAUGAGAGUCAGGGUUUAAGCCAAGGCAUGCUAAGAUCUGAGGGGAUUUGGGUCUUGUAUUACAUUAUCUCAUCAGCAGGCAGGGAAACAACCAAAAUGAGAUUGGGGAACAUGGUCCAAAGGCGAGGCAGAGCUUGCUAAUACCUUUCCACAGCAGACACAUAGCACUCUGCCUGUAAUGUUGAGAACCAGUAACCUGGAUGAUCUUCAGGCUCUGUCUCAAGGAGUGGAUUCACUUAGGUCUCAGCUGUGUUCUGGGUCAGUUUUGUGUUGAAACAGAGUAGCCAACGGAAAAAGCACCCACAGUCACCAACAUAUUUCAGCAAGGUUGCUUCUUGGUCAAGCCUAUCAUUUUUUGAAAUAAACCUCGGGCAAGCAAAGGUAAAUGCUUCUCUUUAUAAUAAGAACUUUUGACCUGCCUCAUUCCUUAAGACAAUGAAAUCACUUGGCCGAUGUGAAAACAUUUCUAAGACGGAAAAAAAAAAAAAGGUA